AUGGACCUCCUCGCGCAUGUUGAUUCUGCUCUGGAGGCGGCACACAUGGAUGCCAUCGACGCCUUACGCGCUUUCUUCCUCCUCGCUGCCGCCACGGCAGUCUCUGUCAGCAUUCCCUCCGCUUUGCGCGACCGUUUCGUCACUUAUGGCCCGCGUGCGACCGCGACAGGCGCCGAGCCUGUCGCCGGAUCCCGUCCACCAGCUCAAGCCUCAAGUUCGGGGCUACUCGAUUACCUCGCAACCUGGCAGGUGCCGCACAGCUACUUCAUCCAGUUCUAUAUUGCGUCUGUCGCAUCUUCGGUGUUCUGGGCAGUCCAGCUGUGCUGGCGUGGGCGCGUGUUCGAGGCAAUUGCGUCCCGCGUCAGUGAGGAGCAUUUGCAGCAGUCGAUGUCGCUUACACAGGUGCUCAUCUGCUGGAUACUCCUCGCCAUUCAGGGUUCGCGGCGAUUAUGGGAGUGCAUCAUCUUUGCGAAGCCUUCCUCGUCGAAGAUGUCGUUUGCGCACUGGGUGCUGGGAAUGGGGUUCUAUCUUGCUGCGGGCAUCGCUAUCUGGAUUGAGGGAUCAGGCGCAAUCCUGUCCCGCUCCCUCACCCUCGCCGACUUCCAAUUCACCAACGCGCCCACUGCACGAACCUUCAUCUGCGUCCCGCUAUUCCUCAUCGCCUCCGGUCUACAGCAUGACUGCCACCACUUCCUCUUCUCCCUGAAGAAAUACACUCUCCCAGAUCAUCCAAUCUUCCGCGGCAUCGUGUGCCCGCACUACGGGGCCGAGUGCUUGAUAUACCUAUCCCUCACGUACCUCGCCGCACCACCCGGCCAGGUGGUCAACAAGACCAUGCUGAGCUGUCUGGCCCUUGUGGCAGUCAACCUGGGAUUGACAGCACACAAUACCAAGAAGUGGUAUAUGCAAAAGUUUGGCCGGGAGGCGGUGCAAGAUCGAUGGCUUAUGAUUCCGUAUAUCUACUAA